AUGAAGGUUGAAAAUCCACCAGAAGACAAGAGGACAGAACAGCUCAAAGCAGAGCCUGUGCAGCAGAAAACCAAGGGGGAGGCAGAGGAGGAAGGGGAGAAAACGGAAGAAAAAGAGGGUCUCUUUGAGUUCUUCAGCUCCUACCAGGACCUUUUCCAGUUCUUUUGUAACAACACCACCAUCCAUGGAGCCAUCCGGCUGGUUUGCUCUAAGAAGAACAAGAUGAAGACUGCCUUCUGGUCGGUACUCUUUUUCUUCACCUUUGGCCUCAUGUACUGGCAGUUUGGAAUUAUCUAUAGAGAGUACUUCAGCUUUCCUGUCAGCCUGAAGCUGAACUUCGCUUCUGAUGGGCUUACCUUCCCUGCUGUCACCCUGUGCACUCUCAAUCCUUAUAGGUAUAGCGGUCUUCAGAAGUUGCUGGAAGACCUGGAUGAUAUGACCCGCGAACAGCUGAUGACGCUGUACAAAUACAACAUGACCCAGGGGCAGAGUAACCAGGCGACUCAGCCCUCCCGGAAGCGCAGCACCAGAAGCUUGCACCUUCACAUCCAGCGCCACACUUUGCAAAGAUGUAAGCGUGACAGCCGAGCCAGCAUGAAGGACAGCAAUCCCCAAGUAGACAAGGAUGACUGGAAAAUUGCUUUUGUCGUGUGUAAUGAAAACAAUACCGACUGUUUCCGCCAAAUGUACUCCUCAGGGGUGGACGCUGUCCGGGAAUGGUACAGCUUCCAUUACAUCAACAUCCUAGCAAGGAUUCCUGACACCAAAGCCUUAGAUGAGUCCAACUUUGCCAGCUUCAUCUAUUCCUGCCGUUUCAAUGAGGCGACCUGUACCAAAGCGUGAGUCCCAAAGUAACUGCUGCUUACUGGCUGCCGUCCUCCUUUAUUCCAACCUAGUUUUCACAA